AUGUCACGCCAGAUAUUCUCUCAAAACACGCAACUUUUGGAGGUGCCUACAUGGCCCUCGAGGAUUGUAAGCGCCCAAGACACUUUCGCACAGGACAUUGAGACUCAUACCAACCCUCUAGUCAUCGAGAAGAAGAGCCCGCCUAUUCUGAGCGCUCCGCCCACGCUGGCCAGGCCGCUGCACGCCUUCACAGGCUUCCCUCGCGAUAUGGCGACCAUCAUGGGCCCGCGCAGAUGCACACCGGUGAAGACGCCAGUUGGCAAUGGCAGCCAGUCGCUCUCAAUCUGGACGUCAACUGGAGCGUCGACGCUGCCUAUCGAUACGUAUGCCGCGCACAUCGAAGCACUCAGCCCCGACAUUGCCAUCGCGCCCGCCGAUCUCUUUCACACAAGUGUCCGCCCGCCCGCCAAGAAACUCGUGCGCAUGGCGGAUCGGACCGAGGAGUGGGUGGCCCGGUUCCUGAAGCCUAGCCGCAGGGAAAAGCUGCGCGAAUCCGGAACUGCAGUGUUUGCCCCCAUUCUAGGAGUGCCGCACCAUGUUCAGUGGCAGUACCUAAAGCAAUUGUCCGAGGAUGACAUUGACGCACUGGUAGGCCUGGCGAUCUACGAUGUUGACCUGCUACCAGAGGUUCUCGAGCACUACAAGCCGUUGGUGCCCCUGGCGCGACUCUCGCUCCAUACUGUUACAUCGCCCCAGCAGAUCCUCGAGCAGAUCGCUGCCGGCGUCGACAUUUGCGCUGUGCCGUUCCUCAACACCACCUCUGACGCGGGCAUCGCGCUUGACUUUACGUUCCCGCCCCCGCGGGGUCCCCACGAACACCCACUUGCCCUGGGCACCAGCAUGUGGUCGCCCGAACACGUCACAUCGGUGACACCGCUUGCCCCGGGCUGUCAGUGCUACGCAUGCACGAAGCACCACCGGGCCUACAUCCACCAUCUCCUCAACGCAAACGAGAUGCUCGCAUGGACGCUGCUGCAGAUGCACAACCACCACGUGGUUGGUGAGUUCUUUGCUGGUAUUCGUGCCGCCUUUGCAGCAAGUCCCACGCGGUUCGAAGAGCUCUCAGAACAGUUCGUGGCAACGUAUGAGGCGGAAAUACCACUCGGGACUGGUUCGCGUCCCAGAGCUCGAGGGUAUCAUUUCAAGGGCAUCGCGAAUCAACCAAAGAUCAACGAGAGCAAGUGGGCCAACUUCAACGACGGCAACGCAGACGCAGAGGGCGCUGUGCGUCCCAGUGACGCGACGGACGAGUCUGCUCAAGCUGCAAGGAGCGCGACAGAGACCCCUGUGGUGCCAGAUGAGAGCUCCGUUGAGCUAGACAAGAAGGGCUUCGCAACUAAAGAGGAGGGCGGUGCGCUUGUCAAAUAA